AUGGAUGAUGAUAAUCUGUUUGGUGGGGAUCUAAGUGAGAGCAGCAGCGAUGAAGAAGAGACCAAUCACUCUUCUCAAGCUGUAGAAGAGCAUGGUGUGGUUAAAGAGGAAAAACCUGACGCCCGAAAACCAAAAGUGUCCUUUACAUUGGCUGAUGAAGAGGAGUCAAACGAUGGUGUUUCAAUAUUUAACGGCUUAGGUGAUCCUACCGACGCGCACGAAACAGCCAAUAAGAUGAAUAAAAGAAAGGCCACUUCUCCUCCUGGAUCAAGUUCAGAUGUGAAACGUGUGAAGUCUGAGGGCCAUUUGGCAGAGUCAACUUCGACUGUCGAUUUUCAGGAAGCGUUGAAUCUGCUCGAUGAUCCUAGUGCAGAUGUUUUCACCGCUCCCACUGCUCCAGCACCUAAAAAGAUCAUCAAGGACAAAACCAAGCCUGCCAUUGUGAAGAAAGAAAAGGACGUUCGAUUUGCUCCAGAUGUACAACAAACAGAAAAGCCAUCUAGUAGCCAGCAAAAAGCGCCUACUCCUUCUUCUUCAAAAGGAGAACAAGAAGAGCUAUCAAUUUCAGAUCAUCUUUUCCGAAAUCUACUAUUCGUCGUCUUAUACACCAAUUUACUGGCGCCAACGUUGGACAGAAUGUCGUCAUCGCUGUUGCUGGCCUUGCGAAGGUUUUCGCAUGCGAACUGGUGGAAGAGGCCUUAG